AGAGCCCCGGUCUGGCCAUGAGCGAGUCGUUCCUCCCGUCCUCCUGCGCCUUUCGUUCCCUCCGCCUGUCUCCCUCCGUCCACUCCGCCUUGGUUUGGUUUCAUUGGGCACCCCUUCUCCUGUCUCCCCUCGUCUCCGCAUGUCAAGCAGGGACACACCACUGAGCAGAAGGCAGUAGCGACUGUGAAAUACCUGUCCCCGCGGGAGGAGGGGAGGGACGUCUCUGCUGCCUCUUGUGGAAUGCUGACACUGCAGUGAUGGAUGUUUCAGAACUCUGCAUCCUGGACCCUCUGAACUACCAUAAUCAGCUGCUGAGCAGAAUGGCUACAGAUGGCCACCACUGCAGGCCCUUCAUUAAGAUGGAGCCCUCCAGCCCCUCCUCGGCCCUCGAAACAGCCAGCCAAGCCAGCCCCAGCAGCACCUCAGACACCAGUGGCGGCUACACGGCCACAGCCACCAGCCAGGCCUACAGCCCUGACUCCCCGACCACCUUGGUGCCCAGUACGCCUGGUGCCAGAUCUUACCAUGAACACUACGAUGAUGUCCGGCCCAGGGCCACUGCCAACAGCCGCUCCUACAGCCCUGACUCCCCGUCCACCUUGGUGCCCAGUACGCCUGGUGUCAGGGCUUACCACCGACGUUACAAUGAUGUCUGGCCCAGUGCCACUGCAGAAGAUGUGUCUGUGAAGUGCACCUACGCCCUGAGCUCUGUGUCCAAGAGGCUCUGCCUGGUCUGUGGUGACAUGGCAUCGGGGUACCAUUAUGGUGUAGCCUCCUGCGAGGCGUGCAAAGCCUUUUUCAAACGGACAAUACAAGGAAACAUCGAGUACAGCUGCCCAGCCACAAGCGAGUGUGAGAUCACAAAACGGAGACGCAAGUCUUGCCAGGCCUGCCGCUUCACCAAGUGUCUGAAAGUGGGGAUGCUUAAGGAAGGGGUACGCCUGGACCGCGUGCGAGGUGGCAGGCAAAAGUACAAGCGGAGGCUGGAUGCUGAGAACCUCACCUACCUAGGCCUCGCACUGCCUCCCCCAGACAAAAAGCCACUGACAAAGAUGGUGUCCCGUCUGCUGGUAGCAGAGCCAGAGAAGAUCUAUGCCAUGCCCGACCCCAGCCUGCCUGAAGGUGACAUCAAGGCCCUGACAACACUGUGUGAUCUGGCCGAUCGGGAACUGGUUGUCGUCAUCAGCUGGGCCAAGCAUGUGCCAGGCUUUCCCAACCUGUCACUGACAGACCAGAUGAAUCUACUGCAGAGCGCUUGGAUGGAGAUCCUGAUCUUGAGCAUAGUGUUCCGCUCGCUGCCCUGUGAUGACGAGCUAGUGUAUGCAGAGGACUAUGUCAUGGACGAAAGCAGCGCCCGCCUCACCGGCCUGCUGCACCUGUAUGGCUCCAUCCUGCAGCUGGUGCGCAGGUACAAGAAACUGAGGCUGGAGAAGGAGGAGUUUGUCACGCUCAAAGCCAUCGCUCUCACCAACUCAGAUUCUAUGCACAUAGAAAACGUGGAGGCUGUACAAAAGCUGCAGGACACCCUACAUGAAGCCCUGCAGGACCAUGAAGGCAGCAGACACCCGGAAGACCCAUGGAGGGCAGGAAAGCUGCUGAUGACCCUGCCCCUCCUCCGGCAGGUCUCAGGCAAGGCUGUGCAGCAUUUCUACAGCGUCAAAGUGCAGGGCAGGGUGCGCAUGCACAAACUCUUCCUGGAGAUGCUGGAGGCAAAGGUCUAAAAGGAGCUUGGCACUACCCAGGGAGACAAAGACAUCGUAACUGCCCUUUACCCUUUACAGACACACGCACGGGUACCUUAUGAAGGGCGAAAGACAGACUGAAGUUGACUUAACAGAUUCAUGGAAAUGCUUGAGAUUAAUUUAAACAUUAUACUGUAUAUGUACAUUAUACUGAAGAUGGAAGUGAGUUUUGGUUGUUCUAUAUCAGGAUUGUCAGACUCCAGUCCUGGGGGGCCAGAGCCCUGCACAUUUUUGGGUUUCCCUCAUUUAACACACCUGAUUCAACUCCUUGUUUACCACACAGCUCUUGAGCGGAAUCAUUUCUGGCUACGCUACACAGGGCUCCGGCCCCCCAGGACUGGAGUUUGGCACCCCUGUUCUAUAUGAUCUGUGCAAAUAUGCAAAAACAAACCUCACCUCAUUGCAUAUAUCCAAAGGGAACCAAGCCCUGUGGCCUAUGAUGGGUAUUUUCUCUCUGUAUGCAUAACACUAUGCAUUUCUUAUCAAGACACUUUCAACAAUCUUAAAGGUCUGGAAAAAUGAGCAGUUUUUUCACGUUUUAUGGACAAAUAUGCAUUCUGUGAGGGUCAUUGAUGCAGAAACCUAAGGCAUACCUCUUUCAAGUCUUCACAUAGCUGUGUGAAUAAUAGGUCAAGUCUAAACAGGAGGCUGAUUGUACUACAGUAUAUGCUAGUUUCUUCUGUAUAAUCUCAGCAAUAAGAGAUCAGAGAACCUGAGUCUUGCAGCUUAAACCACAGACCUUCUCGGACACUGUGAGAGACCUGGCCAGUGGUCAUGGUGAUUCAGUAUCUGUGUGUGAGAAAGUAUGAGUGACAGAGAAUGUAUUUGUUAUUUUGUGUGUUGCCAAAGGAUCAAUCCCCCACAGAGAAUAAACUUUCCAUUUAAAAUACUCACCAAUCCACCAGGCACCGUAAGGUCUGAAAAGUAUUUGGAGAGUGGGGGUAUUCUAGAAGGCAUUCCAUGUGUAGACAAUGGUUUUCAAAAACUCUGCUGCUUGUUGAAAGGUCUAGUCCACUGCAGGAUUGAGUUGGACCCCAGUAGCACAUCUAGCAGUGAGUAGCCUGUUUGUACAUUUAGCUCCUUAUGACACAGAAGCCCAAGUGUGGCUUCUGACAUUCAAACGGUGAACAGUAUCUAGCUGCCAUCUUCUGAUACACUAGCAAUGUUAAGCUAUGAGUGAAUAAGUGUUGACAUCGUUAUGAUACAUGUAGCUAUCUCAAUGAGGUAAACAAGCUGUCACUCUUACUUUGUCUGCUACUACCCAUAAUGUUGAGGAGAUAAAACAAAUAAUAAAGUCUUAAGGUAAAAGUUAAGACCGAUCAUCAUCUUUCAUAAGGAUCUUUCAAGCUGUGUCCGUGAUGCCAAGUGCUCCCUACACACAGCUACAAUCACUACGUUAACCCAACUGCCCAAUAGAGACUGCAAUUGCAAGGAGUUAUUUCAAGUUUAUUGUACAAAACCAGUAAGUGAUCCAACAGUGGAUUAUUCUGCUCCUGUUUUUUUAGGAACAUAUUUCCUAUUUGGCUCUUGCCUCUUAUUUGUUCACUGUAUUUGUGCAUUUUUGCUGAAGCCUGUAUUUACUGAAAUAAUGAUGGAGAAUCAGAAUCAAAUAAAUAAAUAAAUAUGUGCUGUGUAAUUUUUCCUUGA